AUAAUUAUUUCUCCUCCCGUGUCGAGCUAAAUCUUAGGGCAAAAAGGUGAUAUCGCCGAGGGACGUCUAGCCACCGCGCCGCCUCCUUCUCCGGUUGUCUCUCUACUUCUCAGACUACUCCAACAGCUAUGUCACAGGUAGACAACAGAAAUUCAUCAGCUGCUAAGCGUGCUAGAACUGACGGGGGCCGCAGAGAAGAUGAUUGGAUCUGUCCAAGUUGUGGCAAUGUCAACUUUUCAUUCAGGACAACUUGCAAUAUGCGUAAUUGCACCCAGCCUAGACCUGCAGAUCACAAUGGGAAGUCUGCUCCCAAACCUAUGCAACCUCAACAAGGUUUCUCCUCACCCGGGCCAUAUUUAGGAUCUGGGGGUCCUCCUCCAGUAUAUAUGGGUGGGUCACCAUAUGGAUCUUCUCUCUUUAAUGGGUCGUCUAUGCCUCCUUAUGACGUCCCAUUUUCUGGGGGUUCGCCUUAUCAUUUUAACUAUAAUAGUCGAAUUCCUGCCGGAGCUCAUUAUAGACCACUACAUAUGUCUGGACCACCACCAUAUCAUGGCGGAUCUAUGAUGGGAAGUGGUGGUAUGUACGGCGUUCCUCCACCAAUGGACAGGUUUGGCCUUGGUAUGGCAAUGGGUCCUGGUGCUGCCGCUGCUAUGAUGCCAAGACCAAGAUUUUACCCAGAUGAAAAAUCACAAAAGAGAGAUUCUACUCGCGAUAAUGAUUGGACAUGUCCUAAUUGUGGAAAUGUAAAUUUCUCAUUCAGAAUUGUAUGUAACAUGAGGAAGUGCAACACUCCAAAGCCUGGUUCCCAGGGUGGGAGCUCAGAUAAAACAUCCAAACAAAAUGCACCGGAAGGGAGCUGGAAGUGUGAUAAUUGUGGGAAUAUAAACUAUCCCUUCAGGAGCAAAUGCAACAGGCAGAACUGUGGAGCUGAUAAACCAGCGGAUCAGUCGAAUGAAUCUCCUUCCCGUGCACCAGAAGAGAACGAUCAGGUUUGUCAGAUGUAUCUAUGUGGCCACAUCUGCUUGAGCAAAUGCAACAGGCAGAACUGUGGAGCUGAUAAACCAGCGGAUCAGUCGAAUGAAUCUCCUUCCCGUGCACCAGAAGAGAACGAUCAGAUUUUAUGCCUUGCGAAAGCAGCGGUUAUUUGUUUAUGA